AUGCGGCAGCCGCUCUACCGCUGCUACAACAUCACCUCCGUGGAGAAGGGCUACUCGGCGACCAUGGGCGGGGUGCUUUUCAGCGCGGGCCUCCUGGGCAACCUGCUGGCGCUGGGGCUGCUGGCUCGCUCGGGGCUGGGGUCUUGCCCGCGGCGCACGCCGCCCUCGGUCUUCUACGUGCUGGUGUGCGGCCUGACGGUCACAGACUUGCUGGGCAAAUGCCUCGUGAGCCCCUUCGUGCUGGCCGCCUACGCGCAGAACCGGAGCCUGUGGGGACUGGAGCCCGCGUCGGACAGCUCGCUGUGCCAAACCUUCGCCUUUUUCAUGUCUUUCUUUGGGCUCGCCUCCACGCUGCAGCUCCUGGCCAUGGCCCUGGAGUGCUGGCUCUCCCUGGGGCACCCCUUCUUCUACCGACGGCACAUCACCCUGCGCCGCGGCGCGCUGGUGGCGCCCGUCGUGGGCGCCUUCUGCCUGGCUUUCUGCGCGCUGCCCUUCGCGGGCAUCGGGAAGUUCGUGCAGUACUGCCCCGGCACCUGGUGCUUCAUCCAGAUGGUGCACGAGGAGCGCUCGCCGUCGGUGCUGCGCUACUCAGUGCUCUACGCCAGCCUUAUGGCCCUGCUGGUCCUCGCCAUCGUGCUGUGCAACCUGAGCGCCAUGCGCAACCUCUACGAGAUGCACCGGCGGCUGCGGCGGCGCCCGCGCUCCGGCACCAGGGACCGCGCGGAGCCGGGCGCGGGCGAGAAGGAGGCGGCUGUGAAGCCCCUGGAGGAACUGGACCACCUGCUGUUGCUGGCCCUCAUGACGGUGCUCUUCACUCUGUGCUCCCUGCCUUUAAUAUAUCGUGCUUACUAUGGAGCAUUUAAAGCGGUCAAUGAGGAAAAUGGCACCUUUGAAGAAAUGGAAGACCUCCGAGCCUUGCGUUUUCUAUCUGUAAUCUCCAUUGUGGACCCUUGGAUUUUCAUAAUUUUCAGAACACCGGUAUUUCGGAUGUCUUUUCACAAGAUUUUCAUAAGGCCUCUUAUGUAUAGAAAUUGGUAUAGCAAUUCCUGCCGAACUAACAUGGAGUCCAGUCUGUGA